AGUUCUAAGAAAGAGGAAAAUAAACACAGACAUCUUUGAGCAGCUUGUCCUUUAAGUAUGUCAAGAUCCAGACCGUUUAGUUUCACUUCGGUGAUCUCCAAAACAGGAACCUUGUGUUUGCCACUAUUCCAGUUGGUGCUCUCCGACUCACCAUGUGAAGAAAAUGAAAUGUGCAUAAACUAUAAAGAUCAAUAUCCAGAUGACUGGUAUAUCUGGUUCCUGCUGUUGAUUUUCCUGGUGGUUCUGCUCUGUGGAACAGUGCUCUGCUGCCUCCAGUGCUGGCUGAGGAGACCCCGAAUUGGUUGCCCAAGACACACGCUGGCUGUUUUUGCUGUUGGAGACUUGGACCCUGUUUAUGGGACAGAAGCAGCUGUGAAUCCAACUGUUGGAAUUCACCUUCAAACUCAAAACCCUGAACUGUAUCCUGUUCCAUGUUUCAGCAAUUUCGGUCCCCCACCUCCAUAUGAAGAAAUUCUGAAAUCGAGCCGAUUUUAGAUCUGGAUCAUCAAUUGAAAAUAUUUGAAAUAUGUUUAAGUUCAAAACUUCAAAUUUAGCAACAAUUUUUUCAUUUGGUGGGAAUUCCCAAGGAUCAAUUAAUGUAGUCUAAACAAGGACAAGUAGACAAAAGAAUAAACAUAGGGAAAGGAUUUGGGUGAGGAAGCUGUUUCAGUAGUAAAUUAGUGGUAUGGCGUCGCACUGUUAUACUUUUGUGCUAUACAGCGAAGUUAACGCUUCUCCACUAGUAUUCAUAUAAACGGUAAUUAAUGGGCAGAGUGGUCUCAAUUAAGUUUAUGAUUCUACUCCAACACACAUCACAGCUUUCUCUGCCUCAAUAUCUCCAUUUUAAUCUGACCUCUCUCCUAAUAUGGAGUCAAUAAAAACUAUCAUAAUUUAACAAUCCAAAUAGAGAUUCAGACAUGAACGGAACUAGAACCAGAAAGAGAAAAAGAAAAAGUUGAAUUAAUUCCUCAAAAAUGGUUAAGCCUUGAUUAAUGUAAAUAAUGAAUAUUGAAUUUUAAAAUGGGUAUUAUUCAUUUGACAAGCUAAGCAGAGGGGGAAGUGUGUGUGAAGGAAAGUGGCAAGAUAUAAUCAGAAAGCUAAAUCUUAAUCUCAGAUUGUAGGAAGUCAAUGAAUAAUAUCUAAAAUUAGAAGAAAAAUUAAGAGAUAAUGGUAAAGUACAUCAUCUGGAAAUUAGGUCACAAAAAUCUGACGCAAAACACUAAAGAGUUGAAAAUGAUUGCCUCAAGAAAUAAGACUUAGAGAUAAUUCUAUGUGGGAUUAGGUAAAGCAGAAAAAUUCUUAUUUUUAUCAGACGUCUGUAAUGCUAUUUGACUUUUAAAACUAAAUGCAUGCAUUACUUUAAUAAAAAAAUAUAAAGUUAAGCAUAAAUGUUUGGCAAUGUUAUAGCUUGCAAUUGCGAACAAACAAAGGAAAUUAUGCUAAAAGAAAAAUAAAAUGUUAAGCACAAAUAUGUUUAAGUGGUGGGGCUACAGGUGAUUUUUUUAUUCAUGUUUCUGAAGUUUUGUUUAUAUCUUAUAAGUUAUAUACAUAUAUAUAUAUAUAUAUAUAUAUAUAUAUAUAUAUACACAUAAAUCCAUUCCACUUACAGAACAAGCAGUGGUUAUAAUUUAAACCUAGAAAAAUGUAAGCACAUCUGGAAAUGGGGCUAAUGAUUCAGCAGUUGGGGUUGGCAGAAGUUAGUGAAAGUCCCGGUUGAAGUGAUCGGAAUUUAUUUUUAAGUGAGUUGCAUUCAUGUGUCAGGGCAAGUCUAAGCAAAUUACACGCUUGACAUGUGAUUGCCUGGUUUAUUUAUAUGGGUGGAGGAGGGAGCAUGGGGAUAGGGUUCAGGCCGGUGUGGAGGACUGGUAGAAAAAGUUGUUUUUCAUAGAAAUUUUUCUGACAAAGAUCUCUUAUCAAAUAUUAUACCACAUUUGCAUUUUCAUUUAUUGCCUAAGGAAUACUUACUAAAUGACUAUUAUAUAUUAAUUAUUGUACAAGGUCUGGAUAUAUUUCUCCAACAAACUUAGUGUUAUUUUUAAUGAUACUAGAGUUUCCAACACUUUGCUCUGACCUCCAGGCAGAGACUUGGAAGUUCUGUAGCAAAUGUUCUUUAAGGUCCACGGAAAACUACUACAAACAAUAAAAUAAUAAAACCAACUUAGAUUACAUGAUUCUCAUGACAUUUAACAGAUGAAUUUAAAAAGAUAAACCUGUGUUCCUUUUCUGUCAUCUGAUCUGUUAAUCUU